AUCGGAGAAGUGCAGAUCCCAUUUUGUUGUUAUUGUUUUAUGUUCUGAAGAACCUCUGGCGCCCUGGCUCACCUGCUGCUCUGCUCUGGCGGAGACCACUAGCGCGUGCUGCCGACAGUCCGGCCUCGCGACGCAUUUUGGCGUAGGUGGUCGCGGGCCUAACUGUGACGCUAAGCUAAUAAGCUAACUGUCACCGUUAGCAGGACUCCUGGACGUCAAUGGUCGGAAAACAAGCUCCCAACACCGAGCUCUGACGGUCGUGCAGACACUGACUAUGAACCUAGUUUUUGACCUCAACGUGCAGUGAUCACACGCGGCCUUUCUUGUCCCGCCACCGCUCCGUCAGGUUGUAAGAUGUGGCUCAAGCUCUUCUUGUUGCUUUUGUACUUUAUAGUGCUCUUCAUGCUAGCGAGGAUCUUUGAGGCGGUAGUUUGGUAUGAAACUGGCAUGUUCGCUACUCAGCUGGUCGAUCCAUUUACCCUCAGUUAUAAGAAGCUGAAAACCAUACUGGAGUGUCGAGGACUGGGAUACUCCGGGUUAGCAGAGAAAAGGGACGUCAGCGAGCUGGUGGAGAAAUCAGGUGACUUGACUCAUGGGGAGCUGUACUCAGCCAUCAAGAAAGAGAAGGAGCAUGAAGAGGCAGGAGACUCCAGCACCACACACUUCAGUGGAGAGAUGCACUUCUAUGAAUUAGUGGAAGACACUAAAGAUGGAAUCUGGCUAGUUCAGGUCAUUGCCCAGGACCGGGAAGCUCUGCUCAGUAACUUCAACUGGGGGAAAAUGGUUCAGAAAGUGUCUCAGUUUGGCAUCAGAACCGGCACGUUCAACUGUUCUAACGAUAGAAGGUCGUGUAUCAGGCGCGGCUGGCAGCGUUCAACCCUCAUUAUGUCUGUUCCUCAGACUUCAGCAUCAAAGGGCAAAGUCAUGCUAAAGGAAUACAACGGCCGUCGCAUAGAAACAGAACACAUCUUUCGCUGGAUGACUUCACAUGUGGCACAUCGUAUCAAAAUGCUGCACCAGCCUAAGCAGCUGGUGAAGGAGUGGCGCCCAGACCCGACACACCCCAUCAAGAUGUUCCUUUUCGCCCACCUGUCUCAGCCACCUGCCUUCUUCUCCUCACUCUCCGUUAAAUUCACGGGAAGGAUUGAAUUCAUCUUCGUAGAUAUACGUUACUGGGACAACCAGAGCAGCCUAUCAGAGAUCGGAAUAACACAAAGCCCUGCCUACAUCCUCAAGAUGCCCGAGGGCAUCUAUCGCUAUGGCAACAGUACGGGUGAAUUCCUGUCUCUAGCAGCCAUGGAUACCUUCCUGCGGUCAGUCCAACCGGAGGUCAAUGAUUUGUUUGUCCUCAGUCUGGUCCUCAUCAACUUGCUGGCCUGGAUGGACCUCUUCAUUACACAGGGAGCUACAGUGAAACGCUUUGUUGUUCUUAUACGAACACUUGGAACCUACAACUCCAUCCUUCUGGUGUCCUGGCUUCCUGUUCUGGCUCUUCUCCAGCUGUCCUACCUGGACACUCUGUACGGCUACAGCCUGAAGCUGCUUCGUUACGCUGACACCACUACACUGGCCAGCCUGGUGAGAGCCGACUGGACGUUCUACUCAUCCCACCCUGCUCUCUUUCUGUCCACGUACCUGGCCCACGGUCUGCUGGUCGACUACUUUGAGAAGAAACGCCGCUGUGGCAACAGGGGCCAAGAGGACAGCUCCACAAACCUGGAAUGGCUGGCUAGUCUGUGGGACUGGUACACGUCCUACCUUCUCCACCCAAUUGCAUCGCUGCAGCACAUACCAUCUGACCACUCAGACUGGGAAGAUGAUCCUAACUUCCUCUUUGAGCGCUUGGCAUUUCCUGAUCUCUGGCUACGACCAUUGGUGAAUAUAGACUACAUCAAAGCCCUGCCUACGUGGAGGUUCAUAGUUGUGGGCCAACAACAGGAUAGCGACUCCAGUGGUUCACAUUCAGACACAGGGAGCACAGAUUCUCCUCCUGCAGGUCCCAGCAGACCUUUACAUAGAAACAGACGGCACAAGAAGUCACUGUGUACUCAGGACAGUGACACACAACUGUGUGCAAACACGAAAAUGGACUCCACCUACUGUUGUCAACACAGGAACAACAACUCAUCAGCUGAAGGUAUACCAGAGGGCGCUAGCCUCCCGUGUGAAGUUGAAUCUAGCCAGCAACAUUGUGAUAGGUCGGCGUGGCCCUGUGAUGUCCUGCAGUGCUCGGAGUGCGUGGUGUGUCUCGAGAACUUUGUGAGCGAGGAGCUACUUAUGGCUUUGCCCUGUGGCCACGCCUUCCACCAGCAGUGCAUCGUGGUGUGGCUGGCGGGGGGCAGACACUGCUGCCCCGUGUGUCGCUGGCCCAGCUACAAGAAGAAACACAGGUGUGACUGAGCUACAUAGGUGUCCUCUAUUCUCAUGUUGCCUGUCCUCAUUGUCGCUUGCUUUUAGGUGAAGUUGAUGUUGGAGUGAAGAUAUUCUCGAUGUGAUUAGGCUGCUGUUGUCCUGACUUUGUUCAGUUUAUGUUCAGUUCCUGGUAAAGGCAGCCUGCAGGGUAUAAUCACAGUAAAGUUUGUACUGUAAAAUUAAAUUUACAGGAGUGUAAAAGUGACCCAGAAUCCAUCAGUGAGAGCAGGUGCAUGUUAUUGGCAUGUUGUUGAGAGAAGGAGGAGGAGGUUGUUUUUUACUGGACUUAGUCCAAAGAAUUUAAAUGAGCAAAUCAGUUGUGAGAUAUGCAACAUAUUAAUGUAGUUCUUGAUUUGACAUCACUGUCGAUUCCUCAGCUAAGGAGUCCAUCACAGUUGGUCUUCUCUCUUUCUGCUCUAACAUUAUUUUUGCUACAGACACUUAAAACUGAAUUCUGCCGCCUUGCUUGUGGGAAGUGUUGCAGGGCACAAACAGUUGUUAUCAUGCAUGGUUGGCCUGGUCAGCUUCACACUGUGGUCAGAACACAGCACAGCAGACAGAAACCCACUGGACUAAUGAAGGACACCUAGUAAAUGAAUGAAACACUUGUUUAACACGUAACUUUCCUUUUGAUACAAUGUGUAACAAACAUCAUUGAUGCAUUGAAACUGUUUCCUCAAGUUAUCAAACACUAUUCUGAGAUAUUUUGAACUGGAUUUUUUUGUUGUACCCUGAACAGUUUGAAGAAACCAAUGACACAGCAUAAAUCUGUUGUCUGUUGGUGGUAUACAGAGAGUCUUGCUCAUCUCAGCUGUAACUCAUCCACUGGCUCUGCUCUGUGACAAGAGGACUGGCCUGAAGUUCUUUAAGAUGUUUGCUUGUGUUUGUUUGGUUGCAAGUUCCGGACCUUGCAGGAGAAGAAGUGAAGUGAAGAGACUUGUCAUGUGUGGAUCAUUAUCAUGACCAUGUGUUGUUGGGUUCCUAUGGUUACAGUUGGUCACGAAAGAAGAAUCUUCAACAAUCUUAAGCAAGUCUAGUUGCUAUAUCUCUUGGAAGGCUGAUGUGUGUGUGUGUGUGAAUGUGUUUGGUGAUUUUGUGUAUGUUUACCCCUGUACCUGUCAUGUGCUUUGCCAAUGACCUCAUCAUGUCUGUGUCCGACCCUGUAGAGCUGCUGCCUCACUCUUACUUUAUCCUGCAUCAUUUCCAAAACAAACCCCAACUGUAAUUUAUGAACCUUUAUCGGUGCUUAACUGUAUCUCUGAGCUGAUUCUCUCGCAAUGCCUAAAAGGCAAGAAGAAAACAUGUAGAAUAGAAACAUUUAUCCAAAAUAAAAUCAGUGUUUCAGAACUUCA